AUCGAAGCGGCAUAAUAGAAUGCACCAUGGCCUUCUGCUGCAAGCGGCUAUCGCGAUGACAAGGGGGAGGGAGGCCUGUUGUUGCCCUUCUGGCCUACCCGGAGCGUACGUAUGUUGUACGGGACCAUGAUGGGGAGUUAUAACGAAUCCAACUCGCUCCCUGUUGUUACUUCAAGAAUAGCAGCAAACAUGGUCAAAUCCUGCCCGGAUCUGAGCUUUCAGGUACACGUAGACCUGCAAGACGAGCCGAAUAUCGUCCGCAAAACGUCAGCAAGUUAGCGACGGGCGCGCGCAGCCUUUGGUUGAGACAAGCUUCGUCAUCAGCCGGAGCUUGGCCCAGCCAGACACACCAAUCAACUACUCUUCCCGCCCCUGUCUGUUGAAGCUGAUGAUGCACCGGACGCAGAGAUCGCAAAGGUGACGCAGCAGACAGGCACUUGCGAAUUAUAUGAUGUUCCAUUACGGAGUACGCAGCAAAAAGAUGAAAAGACUUCUUUUUGGUCUUCCCGUCCACUAACUAGCUUUAAAAAAAAAGAACAUAACAUCAGGCCAAAAAUAUUGGGAAAAAGGAUCAAGCAAAGCAAAUAGAAGAGGAAAGAAACACAUAAAUUCAUGCAAAACAGAGCAUGCAGAUCAGAGUCACAUCAUGUUUUUUGUUGUGGGCUAUUAAGAAAACGAAAAGAAAAGAAAAAAGUCCCGUCCGACCUUGACCAACAAUGAGGAGAGAGAACAGAAGAUAUUAUAAUGGAAACAGUCAAGCAUAAACAAA